UGCCGCCAGGGCUUAGGGAGCGGGUCCUGGUGGCAGAGAAGGCGGGAGAGGCGAGAGUGGGCUUGCGGAUAGUCUCAACUAAAAUAUCAAUAUAGGGCGUGGAGGAAACUAAAAGUUAGAUUAGGAAUCAAGAAACGAAAGGAGGAAGGAAAAGGCAGUAUGGGACAGACGGAAAAGUUAGUAAACGGAAGAUGUGCUUCACGAACGAUCAGGCGCUGCUCCUGUCGCCUAAGAAAGUGAGGCCAUCGAGGAUUAUGGGAUUUGUAGUUUUACGUGUCAUUUGGUUGGAAGAUGGCGGAAAUGACAGCUGCGCAAACGCAGAAGCAGCUUCAGCUGCGCUUGCGCUUCAGUCUCCGGACCACUCCCCUGGGGUGGGAACGGUGCUUGUGCGUGGCCUCGCGCCUUUCCUUGUUGGCGGGAAAACUGAGCCGAGGUUGGGGGGCUUGCAGAACUGCUGCAGUGGCUCACUCUGCUCCUCGUGUUUACGCCCUCCUUGUUCCAGAAGGUUCAUGGAGUCUGUGUGGACUGUGUGUCUGAGGACAAUUCUAACAGGAGAAAAUUCAUCUGGAACAGAGGACCAGAGACUUGAGUUGUCAUAAAAGGCACAAAGAAAGUGUAGCUUCUGAGCUAAAUGAUGGCAACGUUGCAGAGUAAAGAAGAACAUGGGAAGGGGUCAAAGAAAACCUUCGCCCCACCUGUACAAAAAAUGCAUAGCCUGAUGUGCUAUAGCCCUAACUCACCCAAGGAGGAGACCCUGGGGAUCAGUUCCUCAAAGGACAGGUUAGAGAAGAAGGAGGAGAAAGCAACCACAGAAAAUGGUCCAAGCAGUGGCCAGGAGAAAAAAGGAAAGGCUCAAGACAAGCAAGCAGAGAAGAAAGCAAAGGAAAAAUUAAGUCUCACCAAUGCAGAAUUUGAGGAGAUUGUCCAGAUUGUGCUACGGAAGUCCCUCCAGGAGUGUUUGGAGAUGUCCUGUGCCCAGCCCAUAAGACGUACCCAAUUAGACAAGAAACCAGGAAUUGCUUCUUCUACUGAUAAUGAUAAUGCUGAUGGAGAGAAGGUAAUGGUACCUCAUAUUCUAGAGAUUUCAGCCACUAAGGAAGCUGGAGUGACCUCUGUGAUAGAGACACCUAAGCCAGGCCAGCCAGAUCCUCCACCUUCUGAGAAGAAAUUCAAUAGAUUCUCCUUAAGCAAAGGAAAGAAAGGAGCCCAAGAUGAGAAAAUGGAGAAAGCCCAAAGUGGACGUGAGCCCAGACAGAAAGCUCAACUGAAAAAAACAGUUCAAAAUCAUUCUCAGAUCAGAAACCAACAAAAAGGAGAAGGCAGUGGUUUUGGUCAGUGUCUCGUCUGGGUCCAGUGUUCCUCCCCAAACUGUGAGAAGUGGAGGCGGCUUUGUGGGAACAUUGACCCCUCAGUGCUUCCAGAUAAUUGGUCCUGUGAUCAGAAUACAGACUUGAAGUAUAAUCGCUGUGACAUCCCUGAGGAGUCCUGGAUAGGGCAUGAGAGUGAUGUGGCCUAUGCCUCCUACAUUCCAGGAUCUAUCAUCUGGGCCAAGCAAUAUGGUUAUCCUUGGUGGCCAGGCAUGGUAGAAUCUGAUCCUGACCUGGGGGAAUAUUUUCUUUUUGCUUCUCAUCUUGAUUCCCUGCCGUCUAAGUACCAUGUGACAUUUUUUGGAGAGACAGUUUCUCGUGCUUGGAUCCCAGUUAACAUGCUGAAGAACUUCCAGGAGCUGUCCCUGGAGCUAGCUGGAGUGGAGAAGCUGUGUUGGGAGAAAGUCCCAUGUCUGACCAAGUGUGCAAGGGUGAGGUUAUUCAUGAGGGACUCUUCUUUCUAUCAGAAAAGGUGCAGGAACAAGGAUUGCAGUCAGAAACUGGGAGUGGCCCUGACGAUGGCUCAGGAGGCAGAACAGAUCAGUAUUCAGGAACGGGUUAACUUGUUUGGUUUCCGGAGCCGAUACAAUGGAUCUGACAAUAGUCUGGAAGGAAAAGACACAACACUUACUGGGGCUAACAGCCCAGAUUCCCGCUUGGAGAGAGAAGGGGAAGAGGCCGUGUUGGAGGAGGUGGAGGAGGAGGAAGAAGAGGAAAAAGACUCAACUUUGCCCAGUCCCAAGCCAGCCAAAAUUCAGACAAAAAACCCCAAGGCAAGAGGCAUAGCAGAUGGACGAGAUGGGAUCCUGCAAAGGAAGACAACGAAGAGAUCUCUGGGAAAUGAAUCUGCAGCAACGCCUGUACGCAUAAUGGGAAGGAAAGAAGGACACAGGAAUUCAGAGCCUGACCAGCCAGUUUUAUCACUUUUUCAUCCAGGCCCUAAGAAAAAAUUUAAAGCUCCCCAAAGCAAAGCUGCAGGAACCAACUUCCCUGAGGACAAAGAAGCUAGGAUGGAGCCAAAGGGCCCGACCCCACCAGCUCAUCUUGGGGCCUGUCCCAUGGUGGGGAAAGAAGGCUCAAAGUGUCCUCAGGAGGCUGGAAGUGUCCUCCAUGACAAUGAAGCCUCCAGUGACUUGGACCUGGAGCAACUCCUGGAAGAUGUUGGAGAAGAGCCGGAGCAGCUGGAGGAGCCACAGUGUGGAGAUGACCCUGGGGAGUUCACCACGACCUUCUUUGAGGAAUAGCUGUGUGCUCCUGCCUCACCCGCUUCCACAGGAGCAGCAGAGAGAGCCCCUCAGAGGGUCCCUGAGAAGCUACUAAGUGUGGGGUUUGUUCCUCGGCUACAGGUCAAUUGGCUAAAGUCACGGCUCUGCAGUUUAUGUGUUAA